UCUCAAAUAUCUACUGUCGUUAAUGGAAAAUGAUCAAAAAGCUGGAAAAACUGAAGAAGAAUCAAUGACAAUAAGGAACACCGUAACAACAUCGAGAAAAAUAUCGAUCAGAAGUACUCUCAUGUGUCUAAGUGUCGUCAUUGUUUAUGCUAUACUACGUUACGUCACUAUACUUCAUACUGGUCGAAAUCUUUUAUUUCGUGCAUAUUUUCCUUACGAUACACGUAUCAGUCCUAAUUACGAGCUAACAUUUAUAGCACAAUUGAUAGCAGUAUUUUACGCUGCAACAUCUUAUACAGCUGUUGAUACAUUCAUUGCUAUGUUAGUUUUACACAUUUGUGGACAAUUAUCAAAUUUGAAACGAGAAUUGAUCAAUCUACGAUCUAAAAGCAGUGACGAGUUUAAAAUUAAAUUAACUAACAUCGUUGAGAAACAUGAUUAUCUUAACAAGUUUGCUGAUACGAUUGAGAAUCGAUUCCACAUAAUGUUGUUGAUUCAAAUAUUGGGAUGCACAGUGCAAUUAUGUUUUCAAUGUUUCCAAGCACUUUUGUCAUAUAUCGAAGGACCAGGUGAACUAUUUGUUUUGGAAGUAUCGUUUUUAAUGCUCUACAUAUGUUACGUUUUAAUUCAACUUUAUCUUUAUUGUUACGUUGGUGAAAGACUUCUUUCAGAGAGCACGGAUAUUUUACAAGCUGUUUACGAAUGUGAAUGGUAUAAUUUAACACCUAAAGAAUCCAAAUCACUCUUAAUGGUCAUGUAUCGAGCAAGAUCACCAUUGUGUCUUUCAGCUGGUAAAUUUUGUACAUUCACGCAAGAAUUAUAUAGUAGUAUUUUGAAGACAUCGAUGGGUUACAUAUCGGUUCUUUAUGCAAUCAAAAUUAAAAAUUCAACAUGA